AUGCGACCAUUACCCUUUUUUUGCAGUAUACAUUAUGAUAACUUUACUCUUUUUUGCAGCAGUAUACUUUUACUCUUUUUUGCAGUAUACAUUGUCGACCAUUACCCUUUUUUUGCGGUACCAUUACCCUCUUUUUGCAGUAUACAUUAUCGACCUUUACUCUUUUUGCGGUAUACAUUAUGCGACCAUUACCCUUUUUUUGCAGUAUACAUUGUCGACCUUUCUUUUUUUUUUGCAUAUACAUUAUGCGACCUUUUACUCUUUUUUUGUUAUUUUUAUGCGACCUUUACUCUUUUACGGUAUACAUUAACCGACCUUCUCUUUUUUUUGCAGUAUACAUUAUACACUUCUCUUUUUUGCGGUAUACAUUAUCGACCUUUACUCUUUUUUGCAGUAUACAUUAUCGACCAUUACUUUUUUAUUUAUGCGACUUCUUUUUUGCAUUACAUUAAUAGAGCCAUUACCCUUUUUGCAGUAUACAUUAUCGACUUUACUCUUUUUUGCAGUAUACAUUAUCGACCUUACCUUUUUUUUUUGCAGUAUACAUUACGUAUACGACCUUUUUACUCUUUUUUGCAGUGCAGUAUAUAUUAUGACCAUUACCUUUUUUUGCAGUAUACAUUGACCGACCUUUUUUUUUUUUUUGCAGUAUACAUUAUCACGACCUUUUACUUUUUUUUUGCAGUAUACAUUAUGCGACCAUUACCCUUUUUUGCAGUAUACAUUUAUCGACCUUUCUUUUUUUUGCAGUAUACAUUAUACGACCUUUACUCUUUUUUUUUGCAGUAUACAUUAUUGCGACCUUUACCCUUUUUUGCAGUAUACAUUAUGCGACCUUUACCCUUUUUUUUUUGCAGUAUACAUUAUCGACCAUUACCCUUUUUUUUGCAGUAUACAUUAUGCGACCUUUUACACCUUUUUUGCAGUAUACAUUAUAAACCUUUACUCUUUUUGCAAUUAUACAUUUUUUUUUUUGCAGUAUACAUUAUGCGACCAUUACUUUUUUUUGCAGUAUACAUUAUCACGACCAUUUUCUUUUUGCAGUAUACAUUGUGCGACCUUUACUCUUUUUUUUUUUAUACGUUAUUAUGCGACUCUUACCUUUUUUGCAGUAUACAUUAUCGACCAUUACCUUUUGCAGUAUACAUUAUGCGACCAUUACCUUUUUUUUGCAGUAUACAUUGUGCGACCUUUUUACUCUUUUUUUUGCAGUAUACAUUAUGCGACCUUUACUUUUUUUUUUGCAGUAUACAUUAUACGACCUUUACCCUUUUUUUUUUGCAGUAUACAUUAUCGACCAUUACUUUUUGCAGUAUACAUUGCGACCAUUACCCUUUUGCAGUAUACAUUAUGCGACCUUUACUUUUUUGCAGUAUACAUUAUGCGACCUUACUACUUUUUUUUUUGCAGUAUACAUUAUCGACCUUUACCUUUUUUUUUUGCAGUAUACAUUAUCGACCUUUACUCUUUUUUUGCAGUAUACAUUAUCGACCUUUUACUUUUUUUUUUGCAGUAUACAUUAUGCGACCAUUACCCUUUUUGCAGUAUACAUUGUAUGACCUUACCCUUUUUGCAGUAUACAUUAUCGACCUUCUCUUUUUGCGGUAUACAUUAUACGACCUUACUCCUUUUUUUGCAGUAUAUUAUCGACCUUUACUCUUUUUUUGCAGUAUACAUUAUCGACUCUUUUUUUUAUACAUUAUUUUUUUUUUGCAGUAUACAUUAUGCGACCCAUUACCCUCUUUUUUGCAGUAUACAUUAUGCGACCUUUACCCUUUUUUGCAGUAUACAUUAUGCGACCUUUUUUUACAUUUUUUUUUUUGCAGUAUACAUUAUCGACCUUACCUUUUUUUUGUAUACAUUAUGCGACCAUUACUUUUUUUUUGCAGUAUACAUUACGACCCUCUUUUUUUACAUUUUUUUUUUUGCAGUAUACAUUAUGCGACCUUUACCCUUUUUUGCAGUAUACAUUAUGCGACCAUUACCUUUUUUUUUUGCGGUAUACAUUAUACGACCUUUACUCUUUUUGCAGUAUACAUUAUGCGACCCAUUACUUUUUUUUAUACUCUUUUUUUUGCAGUAUACAUUAUGACCAUUACCUUUUUUUUGCAGUAUACAUUAUGCGACCUUUACUCUUUUUGCAGUAUACAUUAUGCGACCAUUACCCUUUUUUGCAGUAUACAUUAUCGACCUUUACCCUUUUUGCAGUACAUUAUGACGAUUACUCUUUUUUGCGGUAUACAUUAUGCGACCUUCACUCUUUUUUUGCGGUAUACAUUAUGCGACCUUUACUCUUUUUUUGCAGUAUACAUUAUGCGACCUUUACUAAAUACCUUUUUUUGCAGUAUACAUUAUCACGACCAUUACCCUUUUUGCAGUAUACAUUGUCGACCUUUACUCUUUUUUUUGCAGUAUACAUUAUGCGACCACGACCCUUCCUCUUUUUUUUGCAGUAUACAUUAUGCGACCAUUACCCUUUUUUGCAGUAUACAUUAUGCGACCUUUACCUUUUUUGCAGUAUACAUUGCGCGACCAUUACCCUUUUUUGCAGUAUACGACCACGACCUUUUUUUUGCGAGUAUACAUUGUGUCGACCUUUACCUUUUUUGCAGUAUACAUUAUGCGACCUUUACUUUUUUUGCAGUAUACAUUAUGCGACCUUUACUCUUUUUUUGCAGUAUACAUUAUGCGACCUUUACUCUUUUUUUUUAUACGCAUACUCUUUUUAUGCGACAUUUACCUUUUUUUUUGCAGUAUACAUUAUCGACCUUUACCCUUUUUUUUGCAGUAUACAUUUAUUGCGACCUUUACCUCUUUUUGCAGUAUACAUUAUACGACCUUUACCCUUUUUUUUUUUGCAGUAUACAUUAUACGACCUUAUUCUUUUUUGCAGUAUAUACAUUAUCGACCUUUACUUUUUUUUUGCAGUAUACAUUAUGCGACCAUUACCUUUUUUUUUUUGCAGUAUACGUUUUUAUGUAUUACUUCUCUUUUUUUUUUGCAGUAUACAUUAUGCGACCAUUACUCUUUUUGCAGUAUACAUUAUGCGACCUUUUCUUUUUGCAGUAUACAUUAUACGACCUUUACUCUUUUUUGCAGUAUACAUUGUCGACUUUUACUCUUUUUUGCAGUAUACAUUAUGCGACCUUUACCCUUUUUUGCAGUAUACAUUAUGCGAUAAUUACUCCUUUUUUGCAGUAUACAUUAUGCGACCUUUACUUUUUUUUGCAGUAUACAUUAUACGACCUUUACUCUUUUUUUUUGCAGUAUACAUUACUCUUUUUUGCAGUACCAUUAUGCGACCAUUUUUUUUGCAGUAUACAUUAUGCGACCACCUUUUUGCAAGUAUACAUUUUUUUUUUUGCGUAUACAUUAUGCGACCUUUACUUUUUUGCGGUAUACCAUUAUACGACCUUUACUCUUUUUUUUGCAUACAUUUCGACCUUCCUCUUUUUUGCGGUAUACAUUAUCGACCUUUACUCUUUUUUUGCGUAUACAUUAUGCGACCAUUACUCUUUUUUUGCAGUAUGCAUUUAUACGACCAUUACCCUUUUUUUGCAGUAUACAUUAUGCACCAUUACCCUUUUUUGCGGUAUACAUUUCGACCAUUACCCUUUUUGCAGUAUACAUUAUACGACCUUUACUCUUUUUGCAGUAUACAUUAUGCGACCUUUACUUUUUUUUUGCAGUAUACGUUAUGCGACCAUUACCCUUUUUGCAGUAUACAUUAUGCGACCAUUACCCUUUUUGCAGUAUACAUUAUCGCGACCAUUUACUUUUUUUUUUGCAGUAUACAUUACCCUUUUUGCGACCUUUACUUUUUUUUUUUUUGCAGUAUACAUUAUGCGACCAUUACCCUUUUUUGCAGUAUACAUUAUGCGACCUUUACUCUUUUUUUGGUAUACAUUAUCGACCAUUACCCUUUUUGCAGUUUUUAUGCGACCUUCUCUUUUUUUUGCAGUAUACAUUUACGACCUUUUCUUUUUUGCAGUAUACAUUAUGCGGACCAUUACCUUUUUUUUUUGCAGUAUACAUUAUGCGACCUUUACUUUUUUUUUGCAGUAUACAUUAUGCGACCUUAUUCUUUUUUUGCAGUAUACAUUAUACGACCUUUACCCUUUUUUGCAGUAUACAUUAUCGACCUACCCUUUUUUUUGCAGUAUACAUUAUGACCAUUACCCUUUUUUGCAGUAUACAUUUUUCUCUUUUUGCAGUAUACAUUAUGCGACCAUUACCCUUUUUGCGUAUACAUUAUGCGACCAUUACCCUUUUUUUGCAGUAUACAUUAUGCGACCUUUACUCUUUUUUUGCAGUAUACAUUAUGCGACCUUUACUCUUUUUUUGCAGUAUACAUUAUGCGACCUUUACUCUUUUUUUUGCAGUAUACAUUAUGCGACCAUUACCCUUUUUUUUGCAGUAUACAUUAUUUUAGACCAUUACCUUUUUUUUUUGCAGUAUACAUUAUGCGACCAUUACUUUUUUUUUGCAGUAUACAUUUGCGACCUUCUCUUUUUUGCGUAUACAUUAUGCGACCAUUACCCCUUUUUUUGCAGUAUACAUUAUGCGACCUUGCCGACCUUCUCUUUUUUGGUAUACAUUAUGCGACCUUUACUUUUUUUUGCAGUAUACAUUAUGCGACCUUACUCUUUUUUUUUGCAGUAUACAUGCGACCUUUACUCUUUUUUUGCAGUAUACAUUAUCGACCGAUACCCUUUUUUUUGCAGUAUACAUUAUGCGACCAUUACCUUUUUUGCAGUAUACAUUAUACGACCUUUACUCUUUUUGCAGUAUACAUUAUGCGACCUUCUCUUUUUUGCAGUAUACAUUAUCGACCUUUACUUUUUUUGCAGUAUACAUUAUGCGACCUUCUCUUUUUUUGCAGUAUACAUUAUGCGACCUUUACUCUUUUUUGCAGUAUACAUUAUGCGACCAUUACCCUUUUUUUUUGCAGUAUACAUUAUGCGACCAAUUAUUUUUUUUUUGCAGUAUACAUUAUGCGACCUUUACCCUUUUUUGCAGUAUACAUUAUGCGACCUUUACUCUUUUUUGCAGUAUACAUUAUACGACCAUUACCCUUUUUGCAGUAUACAUUAUGCGACCAUUACCCUUUUUUUGCAGUAUACAUUGUCGACCAUUACCCUUUUUUGCAGUAUACAUUAUGCGACCAUUACCCUCUCUUUUUGCAGUAUACAUUAUGCGACCUUUACUCUUUUUUGCAGUAUACAUUAUACGACCAUUACCCUUUUUGCAGUAUACAUUAUGCGACCAUUACCUUUUUUUUGCAAGUAUAUCACGACCAUUACCCUUUUUUACGUAUACCAAUACGACCUUCUUUUUUUUGCAGUAUACACUCUUUUUGCGACCUUUACCUUUUUUUUGCAGUAUACAUUAGCCGACCAUUACUUUUUUAUACAUUAUGCGACCAUUACCUCUUUUGCGACCAUUCGACCUUUUUUUGCGGUAUACAUUAUGCGACCUUUACUCUUUUUUGCAGUAUACAUUUGCGACCUUUACCUUUUUUUGCGGUAUACAUUAUACUUCUUUUUUUGCGGUAUACGUUGUCGACCUUUACCCUUUUUUGCAGUAUACAUUAUGCGACCAUUACUCUUUUUUGCAGUAUACAUUAUGCGACCUUUUUACUCUUUUCUUUUUGCGGUAUACGUUAUACGACCUUUACUCUUUUUUACGGUAUACACUCUUUCUUUUUUGCAGUAUACAUUAUCGCGACCAUUACCCUUUUUUUGCAGUAUACAUUAUGCGACCUUUACCUUUUUGCAGUAUACAUUAUACGACCUUUUUGCAGUAUACUUAAUUUUUCUUUUUUGCAGUAUACAUUAUCGACCUUUACUCUUUUUGCAGUACCAUUAUAAACCUUUACUCUUUUUUUGCAGUAUACAUUACACCUUUCUUUUUUUGCAGUAUACACCAUUACUACUCUUUUUUACAGUAUACAUUUAUGCGACCUUUACUCUUUUUGCGGUAUACAUUAUACUUUAUCUUUUUGCAGUAUACAUUAUCGACCAUUACCUUUUUGCAGUAUACAUUAUCGACCAUUACCUUUUUUUGCAGUAUACAUUAUCGACCAUUACCUUUUUGCAGUAUACAUUAUACGACCUUCUCUCUUUUUUGCAGUAUACAUUAUCGACCUUUCCUCUUUUGCAGUAUCGUUAUUACCAUUCUUUUUUUUUGCAGUAUACAUUAGCCGACCUUUACUCUUUUUGCGGUAUACAUUAUCGACCAUUACCCUUUUUUGCAGUAUACAUUAUACGUGCUUCUCUUUUUUAUAUACAUUAUCGACCUUUACUCUUUUUUUGCAGUAUACAUUCGACCUUUACUCUUUUUUGCAGUAUACAUUAUGCGACAUUACUUUUUUUGCAGUAUACAUUAUUUCCUUUUUUUUUGCAGUAUACAUUAUUCAUUACCUUUUUUUUGCAGUAUACAUUGGCGACCAUUACCUUUUUUGCAGUAUACAUUUAUGUAUUACUCUUUUGCAAUACAUUGUCCCUCUUUUUUGCAGUAUACAUUAUGCGACCUUUACUCUUUUUUUGCAGUAUACAUUAUCGACCUUUAUUCCCUUUUUUGCAGUACAUUAUGCGACCAUUACCCUUUUUUUGCAGUAUACAUUAUGCGACCAUUACCCUUUUUUUGCAGUAUACAUUAUGCGACCUUUACUCUUUUUUUUGCAGUAUACAUUAUGCGACCUUUACUCUUUUUUUGCGGUAUACGUUACGACCUUUACUCUUUUUGCAGUAUACAUUAUGCGACCUUUACCUUUUUUGCAGUAUACAUUAUGCGACCUUUACUCUUUUUUUGCAGUAUACAUUAUGCGACCAUUUUUACAUUUUUUUUUGCAGUAUACAUUAUGCGACCUUUACUCUUUUUUUGCAGUAUACAUUAUACCGACCAUUACCUUUUUUUGCAGUAUACAUUAUGCGACCUUUACUCUUUUUUGCAGUAUACAUUAUCGACCUUCUUUUUUGCGGUAUACAUUAUGCGACCAUUUUUUUUUGCAGUAUACAUUAUGCGACCUUUACCCUUUUGCAGUAUACAUUAUGCGACCUUUACUCUUUUUUUUGCAGUAUACAUUCCGACCUUUCUCUUUUUUGCAGUAUACGUUGUCGACCAUUACCUUUUUUUAGUUAUUCGACCAUUACCUUUUUUUUGCAGUAUACAUUUUGCGACCUUUACCCUUUUUUUUGCGGUAUACAUUAUCGACCAUUACCCUUUUUGCAGGUAUACAUUAUGCGACCUUUACUCUUUUUUUGCAGUAUACAUUAUACCUUUUUUUACCUUUUUUUACGGUAUACAUUAUCGACCAUUACCCUUUUUUUUGCAUUAUGCCAUUACCCUUUUUUGCAGUAUACGACCUUGCUCUACUUUUUUGCAGUAUACAUUUACGACCAUUACCUUUUUUUUUUGCAGUAUAUUAUGCGACCUUUUACCUUUUUUGCAGUAUACAUUAUGCGACCAUUACCUUUUUUUGCGAUACAUUAUGCGACCAUUUUUUUUUGCAUAUACAUUAUGCGACCUGCGACUUUUACCUUUUUGCAGUAUACAUUAUACGACCAUUACUCUUUUGCAGUAUACAUUAUGCGACCAUUACUUUUUUUUUGCAGUAUACGUUAUACACCUUUUAUGCAGCCAUUAUGCGACUUUUUUUUUUUUGCAGUAUACAUUAUGCGACCUUUACUCUUUUUUUUUGCAGUAUACAUUAUGCGACCAUUACCCUUUUUUUGCAGUAUACAUUAUGCGACCUUUUUCUUUUUUUUGCAGUAUACAUUAUGCGACCUUCCUCUUUUUUGCAGUAUACAUUAUGCGACCAUUACCUUUUUUGCAGUAUACAUUAUGCGACCUUUACUCUUGCAGCGUAUACAUUAUCCGACCUUUCUUUUUUUGCAGUAUACAUUGUGCGACCAUUACCCUUUUUUUGCAGUAUACAUUAUGCGACCUUUACCCUUUUUUUGCGGUAUACAUUAUGCGACCAUUACUUUUUUUUUUGCAGUAUACAUUAUGCGACCAUUACCUUGCAGUUACAUUACCGACUUUUUUUUUUUUGCAGUAUACAUUUUUGCGACCUUUACUUUUUUUGCGGUAUACAUUAUGCGACCUUUUUUUUUUUGCAGUAUACAUUAUGCGACCUUUUACCUUUUUUGCAGUAUACAUUAUGCGACCAUUACCCUUUUUUUGCGGUAUACAUUAUGCGACCUUUACUCUUUUUUUUGCAGUACAUUAUACGACCUUCUUUUUUUGCAGUAUACAUUAUGCGACCUUUUCUCUUUUUUUUGCAGUAUACAUUAUGCGACCUUUACAUUUUUUUGCAGUAUACAUUGUGCGACCAUUACCCUUUUUUGCAGUAUACAUUAUGCGACCAUUACCUUUUUUUUGCAGUAUACAUUAACCGACCUUUACUCUUUUUUGCAGCAUUUUUGCACCUUUACUUUUUUGCGACCUUUACUCUUUUUUGCAGUAUACAUUAUGCGACCAUUACCCUUUUUUUGCAGUAUACAUUAUACGACCAUUACCCUUUUUGCAGUAUACAUUUAUGCGACCAUUACCCUUUUUUUGCAGUAUACAUUAUGCGACCUUUACUCUUUUUGCAGUUUUACAUUGCUCUUUUUUUUUUUGCAGUAUACACCUUCUCUUUUGCGACCUUUAUGCGACCUUUUUUUUUGCAGUAUACAUUACGAUUUUUUUUUACCCUUUUUUUUUUAUACCAUUAUGCGACCUUUACUUUUUUUGCAGUUAUACAUUAUGCGACCAUUUUUUUUUUUUGCAGUAUACAUUAUGCGACCAUUACCUUUUUUUGCAGUAUACAUUAUCGACCUUUACCCUUUUUUGCGGUAUACAUUUUUACCUUUUCUUUUUUGCAGUAUACAUUAUGCGACCAUUACCCUUUUUUUGCAGUAUACAUUAUGCGACCUUCUCUUUUUUGCGGUAUACAUUGCGACCUUUACUUUUUUUUGCAGUAUACAUUGUCACGACCUUUACCCUUUUUUUUGCAGUAUACAUUAUGACCUUUACUCUUUUUGCGAAGUAUAUCUGCGACCAUACCCCAUUACUUUUUUUUUUGCAGUAUACAUUAUCGACCAUUACCUUUUUUUGCAGUAUACGUUAUGCGACCAUUACCCUUUUUUUGCAGUAUACAUUAUGCGACCACACCCUUUUUUGCAUAUACAUUAUACGACCUUUACCUUUUUUUUUUGCAUUGCGACCAUCUCUUUUUUAUGCAGAUACAAUUAUUUUUUUUUGCAGUAUACAUUAUGCGACCUUUUCUUUUUUUGGUAUACAUUAUGCGACCAUUCUUUUUUUUGCAGUAUACAUUAUGCGACCUUUACUCCUUUUUUUUUUGCAGUAUACAUUGUGACGACCUUUUUUUUUUGCAGUAUACAUUAUGCGACCUUACUCUUUUUUGCAGUAUACAUUAUGCGACCUUUACUUUUUUUUUUUGCAGUAUACAUUAUGCGACCUUUACUCUUUUUUGCGUAUACAUUUAUGCGACCAUUACCUUUUUUUUGCAGUAUACAUUGUACGACCUUACCCUUUUUUUGCAGUAUACAUUAUGCAGUACCUUACCCUUUUUUUGCAGUAUACAUUAUGCGACCUUUACUCUUUUUUUGCAGUAUACAUUAUGCGUAUUACCUUUUUUUUGCAGUAUACAUUAUGCGACCAUUACCCUUUUUUGCAGUAUACAUUAUACCGACCAUUUUUUUUGCAGUAACCAUUAUGCGACCAUUACCCUUUUUUGCAUUAUACAUUAUGCGACCAUUACCUUUUUUUUGCAGUAUACAUUAUGCGACCAUUACCUUUUUUGCAGUAUACAUUAUGCGACCUUUACUCUUUUUUUGCGGUAUACGUUAUGCGACCAUUACUUUUUUUGCAGUAUACGUUAUGCGACCUUUACUCUUUUUUUGCGGUAUACAUUAUCGACCAUUACUUUUUUUUUUGCAGUAUACAUUAUGCGACCGGUAUACAUUAAUUUUUUUUUUUGCGGUAUACAUUAUGCGACCUUUCUCUUUUUUGCAGUAUACGUUAUCGACCUUUACUCUUUUUUUGCAGUAUACAUUAUGCGACCAUUACCCUUUUUUUUGCAGUAUACAUUAUGCGACCAUUACUCUUUUUUUUGCAGUAUACAUUAUCGACCAUUCUUUUUUGCAGUAUACAUUAUGCGACCAUUACCUUUUUUUAUACAUUCUCUACGACCAUUACCCUUUUUUGCAGUAUACAUUACGACUUCUUUUUUUUGCGGUAUACAUUAUGCGACCAUUACCCUUUUUUUGCGGUAUACAUUAUGACCGACCUUUUUUCUAUUUUUUUGCAAUACCCUUUUUGCAGUAUACGUUAUUUACUCUUUUUGCAGUAUACAUUAUGCGACCUUUUUUUUUGCGGUAUACAUUAUACGACCUUUACUCUUUUUUGCAGUAUACAUUAUGCGACCAUUACCCUUUUUUUGCAAUUAUACAUUACCUUUUUCGUAUACGUUAUUACCUCUUUUUUUAUCGACAUUUACCUCUUUUGCAGUAUACAUUGUCGACCUUUACCCUUUUUUGCAGUAUACAUUAUGCGACCAUUACCCUUUUUGCAGUAUACAUUAUGCGACCUUCCUCUUUUUUGCAGUAUACAUUAUCGACCUUCUCUUUUUUGCAGUAUGCAUUAUGGAGCCAUUACCUUUUUUUGCAGUAUACGUUAUGCGACCAUUACCCUUUUUGCAGUAUACAUUAUCGACCUACCCUUUUUUUGCGGUAUACGUUAUACGAUACAUUUUUUUUUGCAGUAUACAUUAUGCGACCUUUACUCUUUUGUAACCUUACUUUUUUUUCUUUGGACUUUCACUCUUUUUUUUUUCUUCUUUACUCUUUUGCUUCUUCUUCUUUUUCUUUCUUGUUCUGUAACCUUACUUUUUUUCUUUUUUUUAUUUCUUCUUCUUUCUUCUUCUUCUUCUUUGUAUAA